AUGGAGUAUGAUGGAGAACUAGAUGAAGAAACUGAGGCUUUUGGUGUAGAAUUGGAGAGCCUGUUACAGGGUGAUUUAGGCAUUAAUAUGGUGUUCAUCUUGCCAGAGAAGUUCAGGGCAACAGAAGGGCAAGAAAACACUCUGGAGGGAGAUGUGUUCUCCCAGGAAAGUUUUGAGUGCAGAUUGGCCAAGGUAGAGGAGGCGUCAGAACAGCAAAUGCCUACUGGCAAAACAGGCGGAACUGCCACAAAACUGGCUGUAGAACAGCUUUGUUUUUCCAAACCAACCAGAGAAAUGGCCAAUCACCUCAGACCUCUGUUCAUAACAGCAAACUUUAGGGGAAUUCCUAUUCCUAAAGUAAUGGUAGAUGGAGGUGCAGCCAUUAACCUUCUGCCUCACAGACUACUGAGCAGGAUGGGCAAAACAGAGAAGGAUCUAAUUGCAACAUGCUUUACUGUCACCAACUUUGCGGGGGGCAUCACUAAGACUCUUGGAAUACUAGAUGUGGACGUUAUAGUUGAAACAAAAGAGCUGAAGAUUGCAUUCUUUGUGAUAGACACCACUUCUACCACUUACAAUGCACUACUUGGUAGGGACUAG